AAGACUUGUCGUUCUCAAUUCUUAUCGAUUUAAGAACAAAUCAUCUAACGAAGAUUACUUCCGAAGAUCAGAAACAAACACAAACUGUGAAUCGUUGUUUGUUAAUUCUCUUUAAAAUCGCCAGAAGAAAGAGAUCUCCGUUUUCUACAGGUAAAAAUUCCCAAUCUCCUUUGUCUUGUGUAUUUUUGAUUGAUUGAUUGAUUUAGUUGAUUCUGUGUCUUGUCCGAUCUGAAUUAGAUUCUUGUGUUAUCUUAGUAUUUGUGUUUCGGAAACUCAGAUCUACUUUUUUAAUUGCAUAAUUUGAUGACGAAAUUGUUGUUAUCGUAGCUAAAACAAAAUCGAUCUGUGUCAAUAAUAUAGUUGUACUUUUGUUAUGGAUCUAAUCCUCAAAAACCCGACAACCUUAAAAGAUCCUCUGACAUUGAGGAAUCUUUGGUCUGACUAAUCUCAUCUAUUGUCUUCUUGUCGUGUAUAUUGUCAAUAAUCGCAGUGGUAAAAUUUUAAUUUGAAUUUAUGUGGUGUAACAGAAGAAAAGCAAGAGAGUAAGAAUGGGAUCGGAACAAAACGAUAGCACAAGCUUCACGCAAUCGCAAGCUUCAGAGCCAAAGCUAUGUGUUAAAGGAUGUGGUUUCUUUGGAUCACCAUCAAACAUGGAUCUCUGUUCUAAAUGUUACAGAGGCAUUUGUGCUGAGGAAGCUCAAACAGCAGUUGCUAAAGCUGCUGUUGAAAAAUCUUUCAAGCCUUCUCCUCCUCGUAGUCUCUUCAUAGCAGAACCUCCUGCUGUUGUUGUGGAACCCAAACCCGAAAAGGCGGCAGUUGUUGUUGUCUCGGCCGAGCCAUCUUCCUCGGCGGUUCCUGAGGCGAACGAGCCAUCGAGACCUGCACGAACCAACCGGUGUUUGUGUUGUAACAAGAAGGUUGGGAUCAUGGGGUUUAAGUGCAAAUGCGGGAGCACUUUCUGCGGCGAACAUCGGUACCCGGAGACUCAUGAUUGCAGCUUUGAUUUCAAAGAAGUUGGACGUGGAGAGAUUGCCAAAGCUAAUCCUGUGGUUAAGGCUGAUAAAAUUCAAAGGUUCUGAAAUAUGGAAGUUUUUUCUAAGUAUUUUGGUGGUAAUUACUCAUUUGUAUUUGAACCGAUUUGGGGGUUGUCUUGGAUGGUUUUAAUGGAUUGUUUCCAAAGGGAUAGAGGAUGAUGAAUUUGGUUCCGUAAUAAAGUGAAUCGAUGAAGUUUGUUCUUAAAC